UAGUGCAUGUAAUGUGAUAUUCUGGGUGUUGUGUAAUGUAGACCUCCCCUUUCAUGACUUCAUCACCAACUCAGCUGUCACAGUGUAGUAACUGUACAUAGAGAAGCUGUCGAACAGGCUCCAGCAGGUUUCAAGAAUGAAGUUAUCCGUCCUUGGAGCUUCUGGCCAGACAGGAUUAUACUUGGUGUCUCAAGCCUUGGGACUGGGACAUGAAGUAAAAGCCCUUGUGAGAGAUGUCAGUAAAAUAACAAUCCAGCAUGAAAAUUUAAAGGUAGUAGAAGCCAAUAUAUUUUCACAGGAAUCCCUAGCAGAACAUUUUCAAGGCCAGGAUGCAGUUAUGUCAUGUCUAGGAUUUCCUUAUAAAAUGUUCUCAUCUAUCAGUGAAUACACCAACUCCAUGAAAGCCAUCGUUGGAGCAGUGCGACAAACUGAAGUGAACAGAAUGGUUGUGAUGACUUCAUGGUAUACGGACACUAGCUCUGCGCAGAAUUCUUCAUUUUUUGUACGCAAUUUACUCAUACCUCUCAUAAAAAGUGUGCUCACAAACAUGUAUGAGAUGGAACAGUACCUUGAAAAAGAAUGUCCUGAUCUUAACUGGACGGUUGUAAGACCACCCGGACUACAAAAUGUUCCAGUAACAGACAAGGAAAUACUGACUCAUGAAGGCUUCUUUGUCCCAGAUGAAAAGGGGUACCCUAUUACUAACACAGUGUCUCGUGCAGAUGUAUCACGCUUCAUGCUCUCUACCCUUAAUGAUGAAAAGUGGACCAGAAAAAUUGUUGCAAUGUGUUGUAAAUAAUGUUAAGGUAGCUCUUUUUUAACAGCGAAAGCCACCAACUUUAAGCAAUGGAGAAAACAAAUGAAAGUCCAAUUGCCAUUAUAGCUGGU